AUGCCACAUGCGAGGUCGGAUUCGCCAUCCAGUUAUUCAAGCUAUGCAACAUCCAGCAAUUCAUCGACUUUGAGGCGAAAGUUGCAAACUGCCGUCGCCAACCAGAACGGAGGCAAGUCUUCGCGGCCGGAUGCGAAGGAGAAAAAAGGACCGAGCAAGACGACUGCAUUGCCGCAGCGUCCUGCUACACCCAAAGCGGCGAAGGCGCCACAGGUUGAUGAAAUCGAGAACUUGCGAGAGAUGCUUGUCGAAAAGCAGCAGGAGAUGGCCGAGGAGAAAAAUCCAGACCGCAAGAAGGACCUUACAAAAGAUCUUGAGAUCUUGAAGCAAUGGUUGAAAGACAAGGAGCAGAAAGCAGCAACCGUGAAGGACGUCAAAGAUGGCAAGGCUUCCGAAGGCGAAGCACAGGCCGCCGUGACCAAAACCACCAAGCGUCAGGUCAACGAUGGCAGCAGCGGUCCUGCGCACAAGAAGCAAGCUGAGGCGCCACGCCAGAAGGAUGGCGAGAGCAAGGAGGAGGCAAAAAAGGUUAGCAAGCAGCCCAAAAAGGAUACAAAAGACAAGGCCCAAAAAGCAGCCGAUAAGACACCAAAAGCACCAAAGUCGAGUGCCAAGGAAUGCAAGCGACCUGCAGCAGACAUAGAGGCAGAAACGAAGAGGUUAAAACAGACACCCGACAUCCAGGAGGCAUCGAAGAAGGAAGAAACGGCAGAGGCAAAGAGCGCAAGCCAAGUCGACAACCAUAGCCUUCUGCAAAAUGCCGACACCAUUUCGCAAGCCAAGAGCGAGCUUCAGCAAACGUUGACGCAGCAGAGAACGGAGGCCUUUGUUCAUGCUGUACCGUCUCCAGUGCAAACUGCUGACCCGGCGGAGAUGGCGACAGCAGCCCCAAAGCAGGACGUGCCCCAAGAGUUUGUGCUGGCCAGCGAGGCCACCACCCUGAUGCCGUCCGAGAAGGUGCCCCCCUGCGAACUUCCUCUGUGGUGCGUGAUGCCGAACCCAAGAGACGUGGAAAAGGUCUUGGAAAUUGUGAGGCAUGUUCCCGGAAGCAAUGUCCCGUCGAAGCGCAUGAGGUUGGGACGUCGCGCCUGGGCACUCCUCGGACGGAGGCUGCAUGAGGCCCAAGCUGCAGAAGCUCGGCGAGCAGGUGUGCCCGAGCCUGAUAUUGGCUUGGCAUGUCCUUUGUCGUCGAAAGCCCACGCCGUCGUGCUGCAGAAUUGGACGGGCAAGAUCUUCUUGAAGGAUCUCGGCUCUGCCCACGGAACUUUCCUGAGCGGAGUGCGACUGAACCCUCAUGAGCCUUUUGAGUGGCAAGCUGGCACGAAGGCUUUCUUUGCGGAUGCCAGCACCGAGUUCUUCGAGCUGAGAGCAGCUUGA